UAGUGGUCUAAUGGUCUUCGAUACGAACGAAACCAAGCAGUCUGAGUCUGUAGAGUGCGUUCUACGGCGGAAAAUCGUUGUCCUUUGAAUAAAAAAAAGAAAGAAAGAAAGAAAAUUAAAACUCAAAAAAAGAGAACAGAAGUCAGUCACGACCUUAAUUAAUUUGAAUUAUCAUACGCGACCUCGCAAGAGCGUCGGGUCACUCUUCGUCUAAAACUGCAACUGUUCUUCGGGUCGAGGACUCAACAACAAGAAAUCAACUCGUUUUACCGUCUUCGCAGUAAGUCGACGACAAGAAUUUGCACCUUCUUUAACACCGCAUCAUUCACAAAAACACAAAGAGAGAGAGACAAGUAUCAGUGGAAUUGGAAUCUACCUUUUCAAUUUUUGGAAUUUACUUCAAAAAAAAAAUAAAUAAAAAAUAGAAAACUGUAAGGAAUUUGGGAGAAAAUAUCGUCGAGAUUAAGCGAUUAAAAAGAAAGAAAGGAAUUAUCGCCAUGCCGGCAGGUAUUGGCGCUUCGUACAGGUCACUAGGUGACCUGGGCGAGGAUGUCUACAAAAGUACAACAAUCGUUGAUCAAACGCAAACCACCGGACAAAGUGUUCUCGAGAGUGUGAAGAAGGCCUUCAGUUUUGCCGCGCCCAAAAUUGAUAUCAGAAAGAAAAAUCUUUUGAUCGAAGAUUCUACCAGAGAGAACAUCUCCAUUGUUUCAAGGGACAGAAACAAGAUGCCAGCCGCUGCCAGUGCCGAGGAAUCAGCACUUUUGGGCACAAUGCCUUCUGAUAGUAUGGACGACAUUGAACUGAAGAAUAUUCAGCUACAAUUUCCAGCACUUAGGUAUUUGACAAGAGAUGAUGCAUCGGUUCAAGAAGAGAGAAUCGAAACCGACAGAGGUACAGUGUUGGUGGCAAUUCAAGGGAAUCGGGCAAAACCUGCCAUUCUUACUUAUCACGAUUUAGGCCUUAAUUAUAUCUCGAGCUUCCAGACUUUCUUCAAUUACAUCGACAUGCGCGUUCUCUUAGAAAACUUUUGCGUUUAUCAUGUGAACGCACCAGGACAAGAAGAAGGCGCUCCCACAUUACCUGACGAUUAUAUUUAUCCGUCCAUGGAUGACUUGGGGGAACAAUUGUUGUUCGUUUUAGGGCAUUUUGGCUUGAAAUCAGUUAUAGGAUUUGGCGUUGGUGCGGGCGCAAAUAUUCUUGCGCGUUUUGCUCUCGCUCAUCCGGAAAAAAUAAAUGCCCUCUGCUUGAUAAAUUGUGUCUCGACACAGGCCGGUUGGAUUGAAUGGGGUUAUCAGAAAUUAAAUGUUCGUUAUCUAAGGUCGCAGGGCAUGACUCAAGGUGUACUCGAUUACCUGAUGUGGCAUCAUUUUGGCAGAGGUACCGAAGAGAGGAAUCACGAUCUCGUUCAAGUUUACAAGAAUUAUUUCGAGCGUCGAGUAAAUCCAACGAAUUUAGCAUUAUUUAUCGAUAGUUAUGUACAACGUACGGAUUUGAAUAUUAGCCGGGAAUUGGAUCCAACUCGUAAGAAGGAGGGAUUAACAUUAGACGUGCCGGUAAUGAACAUCACAGGAUCACUUAGUCCUCAUGUUGAUGAUACUGUCACAUUAAAUGGACGACUUGAUCCCACUAAUAGUUCUUGGAUGAAGAUUUCGGAUUGCGGAAUGGUACUGGAGGAACAACCAGGAAAAGUUAGCGAGGCCUUUCGAUUGUUUCUACAGGGUGAAGGAUAUGAAACCAAUUUACGGAUUGACAUUAUUCAUCGAUUUUCACUGACAAUGAUCGACAUACGUGCUAAUGCGCAAAAGUCACAUGACAUUUCGAGUCUAGAAGGUCGCAUAUCCAUUGAAAAAAAAAAAACAUACAACAAUUCUAAAGAAAUCCGUUAAAUAAAUCAAAUAUUUAUUUUUAAUCAACGAGCUUUUUAUAAAUAUUCAAAAAAUGAACUUGCGACCUUCUAACGCGAUAUUUCUAACUGGCGAGUACCAAAAAAAGAAAAAGAAAAAGAAAAAAAAAUUUAAACAGAAAAUUUAACAGAAAGGAAAGAAAUAAUUAGGUUUUGGUUUCAAUCUAAAUAAUAUAUCGGUUGGUAUCGCAUUAACAACGUAUUGGCCUACGAUCGUAGAUACGUAGUUAUCACCUGUGUAUUGCAAAAUUUAUCGAUGUUACAUUUGCCUGCGUUCUUGCAGAAUGAAUUGUUUAUAUAAAAGUGUGUUGCUCUUAUAACGUAGUCGAAACGCGAUUCUCAAAAAGCGCAGUCUAAAAACUUUAUCGCAUUGACAAGUGAACGAUGGAAAAUUGCCACUUUUUUAAAUUAAAAACAAAAUCUCACAAUCAGUAUGAAGUAUAAAUUUUAAUUACAAAAUUUAAAUUUAGUAUUUUUCCAAAGACCGAUACACUUCUUUUUUCAUUUAUAAAUAUUCUCCGCCGAAAAAAAGAACCAGCAAAAAGAAAAAUAUUCAGAAAAAUAUAUUUUGUUCAUUUCUACUAUAUUUGUAAAUUUUUACUAUUUAUAAUGCAAAAAAAAAAAAUUGAGAGAACAUUCGAAUAAAGGCUGGAACCCUUUGUUUCGACAUUCACUUCAGUAUCGGUCUAGAAAUAAAAAAAAAUUCUACACUGGAAAAAAAUUUGAUUCAAAUAACCGAUUGUCUUAUCAAAUAAAUAUUUACUUGAAUCAAACAAUUUUUAUUUCAAUCAACGAAAUUGUGUUUGAAUCAAUAAAUUCAGUAUUUGAAGCAGAAUUUAAUUGGCUCAAAUAAAAAUUAUUUGAUUCAAGUAAAUUGAUAAUUGAUUCAAGUAAUUGAUAAUAAUUUUAAAGAAUCAAAAUGUCCGAUCAAAUAUGGCGGACUUGUUUUUGAUAUAACAAGUUUAAAUUUCGCUAAGUUAAUUUAAAGUAAAAAUUAAAAAUUGAGUCGCAAAUUAAAUUCAAUAGAUUGUUUAUUUUUUUCUCAGUAUUUAGAGAGGGAAAAAAAUUGAAUCAGAAAAGGAAGCAAUUAUAGUAAGUGAAAUAUUUAAGAAAUAACGUCAAAAGAACUGAGAUGAGUUUUUAGAUUGCGCGUAAAUAUAGUGUAUACGCGAUAUAGGAUUACCCAACGUUUUUCCAAAUGCAUUUUUCACGAAAUUCAUUUUUUUUCCGACAACUAUAUUUUCCUGACAGAUACUUUUCACGAAAGCAAUUUCCCGACAUUUUAUUCUUUAAAAUCCUAUUUUAAAUUCUAUUUUCAUCCUAUUUUCAAAAAGGGACUUUUUUUAAUUCUAAAAUAUUUUCAGUGACUGACGACUGUUAAUCUUUAUAAUUUACAUAGAAAUAGUCCAAAUAAAAAGUUAAGACAGAAAUAUAUUUUACGAGUAAAAAUUGAAGGCGUCGAUACAAAUCUUAUACGAAUUUAGGUCUAAUUUUUUUUACAUUCUCAUUUUUUUAAUUGUGUAGCAUUAUUGAAAGUUCAAAACUGUUCUUCUGUGAAGUCUUAUAAAAAGUUUUCACGUGAACGUCAUGUUGCAAGUUGUCUGCUUUUCGAAUUAGUCACUCUCACGCCAUCUGGUGUUAUGUCGUCCAAAGGCGGGAAAAUUUGAAUUCUAAACGUAUUUAUUUUAAAUUAGAUUCGUUUAAUUUUGUAUAUUUUUAAUAAAUUAAUAAAUAAUAAAUUAAUAAAUUAA